GUAUGGUGCUAGCGUCACAUAAAAGCGAAGCGGGAGCGGCUGUCCGUGGUGAUUAGAAAAGCGGCAACGGGAGAGUUGUAGUUCCGGUCAGCUUCGCAUGAUUCUUUUUUGACCUGCGGUGACCAGCGACCAAAUCGGACUGCGGCGAAAUGGAAAUUGAAGGUGGUGGUGGUGCAGCGAUUAGAGCUCUUGGCUCUUUCUUCAAGCUCACUGAAGUCUACAUAUGGAACGAUGGCUCGACGGAGACACGAGAAAUAUCUUUGCUUCCUGAGUCCACUAAAUCAUCUAGAGACUUGGACGAUAUUAGCUUCAGCAUCCCAGCCUCAACUAUUGAAAUAAGUGAAAUAUUAGAGAAUGAACAACUGAUCAAACAGAUGGAUGCAUUAGGGCUUCCCAUUUCCUUCUUGUCUAACAAGGAGACGAGCAACAAAAUGAAGAAAAGCAAAAGGAGAGGUGCUCGCUUGAAGCAUUCCCGUAGUCAUAAAGAAGCCAAGGAAGAAGCAUUAGAAUUUACCCAAGUGAGUGGGUUGGAGAUUGUAUCUCCUUCUGUUUUGAAUGAUAGCACAAGCAAUUCCUUAUGUUGCAUGUCAAUGAUGGGCCAAAGUGAAUCCUGUUUUUAUGAUGUUGCAGUGGGUAUCGAUGAAAAUGAAUGCCCCACUGGUGAUUCAGCAAGUUCGACUAAGAUUAUUUCUGGUGCUGUCAGGGAGAAAAACCUUGGGGGGACAUCUCACUGUCUGUCUAAUGCUGGCCAUGAAUACGAGUCUGUACCACACAAUGAUGUUAUGUCGAAGGAUGAUGAUAAUGGAGGACAAAGUUUGAGCAAUUCAGAUGGUGCACCUCCAGGAGUGUGCUGUCUAACAGAUGCAGGUGUCAACCAUGGUGAGAAGGAAAUUGCCAACAUGUUGAUGGAGUAUGAGUGUCUAGAAGAGUCAUCUGCUGCUAACCAUCAUGAAGAAGGUGAUAAGUUUUGCAAUGAUAGUGGCACAGAGCAUUUGGGGAUUUCUGAACCUGUUGAGUUCUCUCAGAGUUCAGAAGUGGUUGGACAUGGUGAAAUAGACAGUUAUAACUACUAUGGUGAUUUUGGAGAUUGGAGGGUGUAUUGGGACUCUCUGUACAUGAGAUAUUACUUCCACAAUGUCAAAACAGACACUUGUACAUGGUAUCCACCCCCUGGUAUGGAACAUCUAGCAUCUGGCGAUAUCACUGAUGAAUUGAAUGAAGCAACUGCUGAAGUGACUGAAAUGGAUGGAGGGCCUUCCUUUUCCUGCAGUUCACUUAAUUAUCACGAGACAUCUGAGGGACCACCAAAUGAUGAGAGCUGUUUAAAUAAAUCAUCCGAUGAAGUUUUGAUGGAGAUUGGAGUUGCAACUGGCAACUCCAUGUUUGUUUUAACUAUAGUCCCUGCAAAUGGAAGUUUGGAGCAUGCAGAUGAAUGUCUUGUCAAUGGAAGUUGUGAUGAUGAAGUUGCAUUGCACUUACCAUCAGCUGUGCAGGAGUGUAUGGACGGCCUGAUGAGUACAGUCACGGAAGAAGUUACUGAGGAGAGUGAUAUCUAUCUUGAAAUUGCUGAUCCCGCAACUGAUAAUUUGGAUAUCCAGCUUAACCCUGCCAUCAGAAAACCAAAAAAGAAAGAGAAAAAAACACGAGCCCAUAAGAAAUCAUCAAUGAAUAGUGAAGACCUUCAAAGUGAGCAGAUGUUUGAAGAGUUUUCUUCGAACAUCGCCAAAUAUUGGUGUCAAAGGUACACCUUAUUUUCCAGAUUUGAUGAUGGUAUAAGAAUGGAUGAAGAAGGAUGGUUUUCUGUUACACCAGAGCCUAUAGCCAAGCAUCAUGCAUUGCGUUGUAUGGGGGACACCAUAAUUGACUGUUUCACUGGUGUUGGUGGAAAUGCCAUUCAAUUUGCACAGAGGUACAAACAUGUCAUCGCAAUUGAUAUUGAUCCGAAGAAGAUUGACUAUGCAUUCCACAAUGCUUCCAUCUAUGGAGUUAGUGAUCAAAUAGACUUUAUAGAAGGGGACUUUUUUGCUUUGGCAUCAAAACUGAAGGCAGACAGUGUCUUCUUGUCACCUCCUUGGGGAGGACCUGCAUAUUCUAAAGUAAAGACUUACAACAUCAAGACCAUGCUUAAGCCACGUGAUGGAUAUUCUCUCUUUAACACUGCAAAGCAAAUUGGUCAUAGAAUCAUCAUGUUUCUCCCGAGAAAUAUUGACCUCAACCAAUUGGCAGAGUUGUGUUUAACUUCCAAUCCUCCAUGGUCACUUGAGGUUGAGAAGAACUUUAUGAAUGGCAAGUUGAAGGCAAUAACUGCUUACUUCAGCAACACGGUGAUUGAAGGACAAUAAAUUAGCUUAAUGCACGUGCAUGCAGGUGGAAGGAACUGAUGUCAACAUCUUGUGGAUGUCGAGUGGUUAUAAAGGGGACUAUUAGCUGGCUUGGACUACCUGUACAGUUAUGUAAGCUAUUCUAAUCAUCAAUUGUCUUGCUAUAGUGAUGAAAAUUUAUGGAAUGUAAUCAUCAACAGUCUCGAACAAAUAAUUCAGCAUUCCCUUUUUUGAAGACAGCUUUUUUAGUUCAAGUGUUUCGAGAGCUAAUACUAUCAAACUGCUAGAUAAUGACCUUUUACUAACAGUUGCAAGGUAAAAAUCUGAUAUUCCAAGCUUGUUUAUUGCA